AUGGUACCAAAAACAAAUUUAGUAAUUUUCGUAGCUAUAGUAGCUGUUAUGUUACUUGGUUGCAAUGGUACUAUAACACGAACAACACAAACAACAACUCUCUUUAGAGAUGGUAUUACCACGGAAGAAUAUUCCAAUGGACAAUUUACCUCAUCGUCAGAAGCGUCAAAAAUACGAAUUCGUCGUCGAAGUGAAUGUCCGUGGUGGGUACC